GAAUAAAAACAACGACAAUAAUGGUUCCAUUAGUUUCAUUUUUAGCUGCAUUACGAAUUCUGACCGAAGCCCAAAUCUGUAAUAAUGGUGAAGGUAAAAUAGUGUUUGAAAAGGUUUCAGUGAAUUCAUUUCAGUCCCCAGUAACGGGCGAAUUAUUUUCGAAUGAUUCUCAAUAUGAAAUUAUUACACGUAAAAACGUACCGCCAUUAAAAGUUUUAGAAGAAUGUUUCCAUCAUUGUCUGGAAGAUCGUGUAAACAAGAUUGGCACUUGUAGCCGUUUUGAUUUUCUUCCAGGCAAACGUACAGAUGAUAGACAAUCGAAUGUUCGUAAACGAACACCAAAAAAUGUUGGUGAAAUAAAAGGCAGAUUUCUGGCUCAAUAUGAUCAAUCUAGCUGUGUAUUGUACAAUAAGGCAAAUGGAACAAUCAAUUGGGAUGAUAUUUCCGAUAAUCAUGGUUCUGUUUGGCAAUUUGACAAAAUUUGUCUUUCGGCUCAACACAUAAAUAAAAAUUGUCCUAAUCGACCGUUUGUAUUUGAGAAAAUACCUUCAUACAAAUUAAUUGAUGAUAAACAUGGAAAAGAAUUUACCGUACAGAAUAAAAAUGAAUGUGAAAAUAAAUGUCUGAUUGAACGAGAUUUCACUUGUAGAUCGGCUAGUUUCAUGUCCAUGACGAAUAAAUGUCAUCUUAGCCCAUCGAAUCGACAUGUUGCACCAUCGGAAUUUAAAUCAGAUGUUCAAUAUGAAUAUUUGGAGAAUAUGUGUCUGAAAAAUAAUGAAAUGUGUAAAUGGAACAUAUUGAUCAGCGAAAAUCAAAAACAAUUGGAUUCAAAAUAUGAAAAACAUUCAAUAGUCACAUCAUCGAUGAAUAAUUGUUCAACUUCUUGUUUGGAAAGUUUAGAUAAAUAUGGUUUUGUUUGCCGUUCAUUCAUGUUCGAUGAACCAAGCGAACAAUGUAUUCUUUAUGAUGAAGAUCCAACAAAUCUGGUCGGUAAUUCAACUGAAACCGAAAUGAAUUUCAUUACUUCUAAUGGAAAUCUUUAUCGUGUACUCUGUUCAACCGAUGAUAAAGAUAAAGAAUUAGAUAACAAAACACUCGAAUGUUAUCGACAUAAAAGAUUACGUGGACGACAUCAAAUGGAAACGUAUACAAGAAAUUUUUAUGAUUGUCUAACGGAUUGUUUGAAAAAAUUUGGCCACAAUUGUCGUUCAAUCGAAUAUUCACAUGCACAAAUCUGUCGUUUUAGUACUCGGUCAGUAGUUGGACCUAUCUCACCUGCUGAUAAUGAUGCACUCAUUGAUGAUGAAUUAUUCGAUUAUUAUCAAUUCAUGUGGAGUAAGUGCAUUAGUCAUUGA